AAGUUGAGUAUAUAUAUGGCAUCCUUAUAUAGUUCCAAUAAUCAUAACCUCAUCUACUGAAACAAAGAGAAAAUGGUAUCACCAAUCGAGAAGGGAGACAAGUAUCGUUCUUUCAUUUAUGGAGAAGGUGAGAAGAACACCAAAUGGCUGUAUGGAGCUCCUCCUAACUAUGAUAUCGUCAAUAAACUCUUUGAAGAAGGAAGGACUAAGAUAUGGCCACCUGGUUCACUAGAAGAGAAAGUACAAAAUCUAGUGAAGACAAUGGAGAUGGAACUGUUUCACAAGGUCAGUCCUCAAGAUUAUAAAGCAGUUGAUGCUACCAAGUUUACUAAAAGCGUCAAUGGGAGAAAGCCCCUAACACUGGAGGAAGCAGCACAGAAAGGGGGUGGAUAUAAUGUAUUUCUGCAAACUUCAUUACCAGAGGAAAUACGCUUGUAUGACCCUGCAAAAGAGACAAGACAAUCAUCACACAAGCUCUUCACAACAACUUUCCCACGAGGGUUUGCUCUCGAGGUUCUCCAGGUCUACUCCGGUCCGCCGGUGAUCACAUACAAGUUCAGGCAUUGGGCUUACAUGGAAGGUCCUUUCCAAGGUCGUCCCCCUACUGGAGAACUUGUAGAGUUCUUUGGAGUUGCUAUUUUUGAGGUGGAUGAACAGAUGAGGUUGAUCAAAACCGAGUUCUUUUACGACCGUGGCGAGCUGCUUAGUGCUCUUAUGAAGGGUCCAAAACUGGAAAGUUAUUUUGGUGACAUGAAGCUAAGCUGCCCUGUUUUAAGAAACACAGGGUAAAGAGAGAUAUUAAAUCACUUUUACAUGGCUCUUUCUUCAUGCUUCUUAUAAAUUCUGCAAUAAGGCUAGUAUUUAAGUUGGUGUUUGCAUAUCUUCAAAUUCUGGGUUUGGUUCCUUAGAAGUAUUUUGGUGCUGUACCUUUUAACUAGUGUUUUGCUUAUAAUUUAAUCGUUGUGAUUUUCUAAGGAACUUGGACAAACUUUGGCUCAUAUUUGGAAUUUGUUGGUGUAAGAUUAUCAAUUAUAUAAAAGUUAGUGAUACAUAA